UCCCUAAGAAAAAAAAAAAUCGUGUGGCCAGACAGUAACACAUGAAGCACUGCCCCAUAUUAAACCAAACCGCUCCGUGACACAAUAUAACCUUGUCAGUGCAAAGACCACAAGGUAGCACGCCUCGCCCCCAGCUAGGAGACGCAAACACUUCGCACCUCGACAGACAUUUUACAUCACCACCAUCAAGCCAGCAGACGGUCGUGUGGUCACCAUCUGACGGACGCACCAUCACCACCACCACCACUGCCGCCCCUGCCGCCGCCGCCGCUGCUGCUGCUACCACCACCACCACCGCCACCGCCACCUCCUCCUCCUCGCCGCCGCCUGUAGUCGUCGCCAGCGCUUCCUCCACCACCACCACCAUGUCCUGCAAUCCCAAGACGAUAAAGGAUGCAAUUAACGCCAACCUUCUCCCCAUCCUGACCGUCUCUGGCGUGACUGGGGGCGUGGUACUGGGGCUGAUCCUACGGUACUCCCGGGAUGAGCCGUGGACGAAACGAGAGGUCAUGUACGUGGGCUACGUUGGUGAGCUCUUCCUUCGAGCCCUCAAGGCCCUCAUUAUCCCCCUCAUAGUCUCCUCCCUGGUUUCAGCUAUCGGAUCUCUGGACUUGUCGCUCUCAAAGAAGAUUGGUCUGCGCGCUGUCUGCUAUUACCUCACGACGACUGUGUUGGCUGUGGUGUUGGGCAUCAUCCUAGUGGUGAGCAUUCACCCAGGCAAGGGUUCGGACGAGGGCAUCACCAAGGCUGGAGAGGCAAGGAGCGUCUACACUCCUGACCUGCUCAUGGAUCUGCCUAGAAACUUCUUCCCACCGAACUUGAUCCAGGCUUGCUUCGAGACGCACAAGACGGUGAUCGUUGAGCCCAAACCGGAAGACUUCGUGAACGAUACACGAAUUGAGGAGUGGAUCAGAAAAUAUAACUGGACGAACGGUACAUUGCCCCCAAAGUCUGAAUGGGACAUCAAGCACGAGCACGCCCGGGCAAUGAAUAUCAUGGGCCUGGUGAGCUUUGCAACAUUCCUGGGCCUGGCGCUCUCCACACUGGACGCCAAAGGGAAGCCGCUACUCGACUUUUUCCAGUCCCUCUCCGACGCCUCCAUGGUCAUCACCUCCUGGCUUAUCUGGAUUUCUCCCGUUGGUAUCCUCUUCCUGGUGGCUUCCAUGAUGAUCGAGAUGGAGGACUUCAGUGUCAUGUUGGGUCAGCUUGGCAUGUACUUCGGCACUGUGGUCCUCGGCAUCUUCAUCCACGGCUUCAUUGUCCUGCCUACUCUGUACACUGUCUUCACCCGCAAGCUUCCCUUCCGCUUCCUGGCCAACAUGAGUCAGGCCUACAUCACCGCCUUCGCCACCGCCUCCAGCUCAGGAACCCUGCCAGUGACCUUCCAGUGCCUUGAGGAGAAGAACAAGAUUGACAUGCGUGUGACCCGGUUUGUCAUCCCCAUCGGCGCCACCAUCAACAUGGACGGCACAGCUCUUUACGAAGCCGUGGCCGCCAUCUUCAUUGCUCAGGUCCGAGGUCUGGCGCUCUCCAUCGGCCAGGUUGUUGCUAUCAGCAUCACGGCCACGGCAGCAGCUAUUGGGGCGGCCGGCAUCCCUCAGGCCGGUCUGGUAACGAUGGUGAUGGUGCUGGACGUGGUGGGACUCCCUGCUGAGGACAUGACUCUUAUCAUUGCUGUGGAUUGGUUGCUGGAUCGAUUCCGUACCAUGAUCAACGUUUUGGGAGACAGCAUUGGCGCCGGCCUUGUCUAUGAACUCAGCAAGAAGGAACUGGAGAAACUGAACAUCAAUGCAAACGGCGAUGUGGAGCGGCCUUCCAACGAGAUCGGUAUGGAUGCUGUGGAGUCGAGCAAGAUGUGAGAGGAAGAAGGGGCUAGAGAGGCUCAGCUUAAUGUACAGUUCACGAAGACUCCCGACGCCGCCGCCUCUGCCGGGGACUCGACCCAACAACGCUGGAGGGAGUCGUCCUCUUCCCAGCAUGAAACUCUCUUGUAGGAUCUGCUAGUGCGAUCCAACUCCUCCUGGUGCGGCGGUUAUUAUUAUAUGUAGCAUCCCGCGGUGUGUGUGUGUGUGUGUGUGUGUAAGUGUGAGUGUAUGUAAGUGCGUAUGUGUGUGGGUGGGUGUAUGUGUAAGUUCUCUGUGGUGUUCCCAGUAGAUUUUAUAAGUAAAGUAUGUACCACGCACGCCGUCGGGCAAGCAAACAAACAAACAAAAAACACAAGGAGUAGGUGAUUUUAUAACUCUGUCUUUUAUCUUUCCUCUCUCUAUUUGCCUUCAUCUCUGUUUUGAACACACAAUGAAAUCUAGAAGUACAGCUGGUACUGGGUAAAUGUCCAGCCAGCCUGAACCCAAUGAGUCAGUAGUGUUGUUGCCAGUCUUCCUCACCACACUGUCCAGGGAAGGGGAGAAGAGCCAGAAAAAGCCAAGGUAGAGCCAGGAAGAGCUGUUGGUCUUACCAAUAAAACAUAAUUGUUGAGUCAAGUAGAAGUCAAGGUUUUAUUCUUUCUUUCUCUUCUUUUUUUUUUUUUUUUUUUGGUAAUAAUGUGUCUUCGUGUACUUUUUUACUUCUGUUUGAUGAUCUUUCCGACUUACUUUCUUGCCAUCACAGUCCAUUAGAAGUCAGGGUUUUCAUUCUCAUUUUCUUUCUCUUCCUUCUCAUUUAGUUUGGCAGUAAUGUUUCAGUCAUGGUACUGUUUUGUGACCUUUCUGACGUUCAUUCAUGAAUCGGUUUUUUAUGUUGGUAGUUACUAUAGUCAUUUGGUACCUGGAUUUCUUUCUCUUUAUUUGUAUUUUGGCAUUUAUUGUAAUGUUUUAAGUGAAGUGUUUUUCAGUCAUCCCUGUGGCAAAAAAAAGAAAAAAUGUAAAAUACAGUUCAACUUUUAACUUUUUACUGUGUAUGUAUAUUCUAUUGCAUUCAGCGAUACAUAUCCUUUUAACGUCCUUUUUUUAGUAUCACAUAUAUUCAAGAACUCACAUGAAACAUCACACUUCUCACAAAAGACAUCAGUAUCAGUACAUUUCACCUCAGUUCAGCUAAACAUCCUGCAUAGAGAUAUUAAGCAUGUGUUCACAUGGGCAGCAUCACCACACGCUGGUAACACGCUGGUAAUAAUGACUUGGCUUGGCCCUGACGUCCUUGCAAGUCUUCUCUCCUAGUGGUCAGGUGGAGUUAGGUCAAACCAAACACAGCCAUCAAGAUAACCUGUAUGUGUGUGCAAGGCAACCAGAGCGGGAACCCAAGGGGGCCAUAGUUGUAGGUAGCUGUUAAAUUGUAAUUGUUUGAGACUUCCAUAUUGCCUAAGUGUUAAGUAAGAGAAUAUAAAUCUUUAUAGGAAGGAUCAACGAGUCCUCGUAGUUAGUUAACUGCUGGUCAAGAGUGAGAGAGAGAGGAGGCAGUUUUGAAAUUGUUGUGUUUUUGUUAAGACGUUGUAUAUUAAUAGUCUAUCAGUGCUGUAGUUAACCUGUAGCCCGAGAAAGAUCAUUUAAGUAGCUGUACCUAAAUUUAUAUUAUGUAGAAAACCACACUGAUAUUUUUUUUGACACUUGUUCUCAUCACAACAGAGGAGAAUAACCUUCAUUUUACCUUCACAGCAUAUCAAAGUAUUCAUUAAGGAAGAAGAAGAGGAAGAAGAAGAAGAAGAAGAAGAAGAAGAAGAAGAAGAAGCCCACUUUCAUGUACAUAUUAAAGUAUAUUUAAACUUACUGUAAAUCAGAUUGUAGUGUUUCUUAGAUACAAAAAAUGACUAUUUGGUAAUGUAUAGGAGCUGUUUUGUAUUGUUGUCACGUGGGAAAGUCUACAGAAACGCAUAUACUCGUUUGUGUCGUGUCGGUGUAGUUUGUGUAGCGACCACCCUCACUGUUCCUUUAUGACAACAAUGAGAUUCAAUAUGGGAUAACAAAGAGUGCUGAGGACAAGUCACAAUCACGCACAGCAAGCUCACCUACAAGUGUGUGUAGUUGAGGCAAAGACAUAAGUUUUAAGAGCACAGACUUUGGGUUGCCAGUUCACAGGUUAUUUUCAUUCAGAAGUUUCAAAAGCACAGUUGGCAGUUGAGAGCUUAAAUUAUUCCUUGUCUAGUGGCAGUUCAUGGUCUUGUUUUAAGAUGGCAAGUUCCUAAAUUCAGUUCUUUACAUUCGGAAGUUUCAGUAGCACAGUUGUCAGUGUCAGAAGCCUUAAUUCUUCCUUGGUUAGGGGCAUUUCAUGGUCUAAAGAUAGCAAGUGUCUGAAUUAAAUUGCAUAGAUACUACAGAAUUUGAGUUCGUGGUUCAUUUAAGUCACCUCUUAUCUUUGCAUUCAAAUGGAUGCCAACAUUGACAUUUGCACAUCAGAAUCGAGUUGCAUACAUCAAAAUUUUGGUUCGUAGUUCACGUAAACAAGUCAACUCAUGUCUUUGUAUUCAGACAGGUGCCAACUUUGACCUGUGCACAUUCUACCACAGUUACAUCGACACUCCCAUCAACACACAUACUACACAACACAACAUGAAGAAGGAUCGACCUGUGAGCACUAACCAGGAACCCCACGCCACUGUCAUCACCAUGGGCAGGAGGUAUCAGGCCCACACAGGGAAAAGAUGUUGAGGCACAUUUGUAAACUUAGCGAGUAAGGAGUUUUGUUGAAAUUAGCGAUAUAUGUAGUCAGUUCUUGUUGUCCCAUCUGUGAGGUCUUUGAUUUCAUUUCGCCUUUUCAUCCUUCUAUAGUGAGGCAUUAGGUUGUCUGAUGUCACUCUUAGCACACUACACUAUCAGAUUAAUGUGUUCGUAAGGCUCUUCGUGUGGAAAUGCUAUAUAUGUAAUUAAAAACAUAAGUACCGUGUAUAGCUGACUGACUUCCCAAACAGUACAUAAUUGGUCAUAAUAUGGAAUAUCGUUAUCUCUGUAUUAUUGUUCUUUGUUUUAUUGUGUAUUGUGAAGGAUCAAGCAAUUCCUAGCCUGAAUAAGGACGUUAUUUUGUGUUGUGUGGGCAUAAGCAUAAUAUUAUUAGUGCAUAAACGCUGCAUGAGAGGCGGGUUGCUUGCUACCUCACAACCCCGGAAACACAUGAUGGCCAGUGAAAAAGAAAAAAAAAAACAGUAAAAUAAAAAAGUGUGACUGAGGAAAGGACCAAAAAAGUUUGAAGAAAAUGAGUAAAUGUUUAUUAUUUUAUCUAAAGUGAUUAAUGCUAUAUUUUUAUUUUUAUUCUUUACAUGUGAUUUUUUUUUUUUUUUUUUCGUGUGUGAUUCCUUGAAGUGCGAAUGCUGACUCCCAUCAUAGACUUAAGUUUCAACUCUUCAUAUCAUACCCGUUCCCUCCUUUUCCCUUACGUGAGAGAAAAAAAAAUCUUUAUAGUGAUAAUGUUUUUAUUUCUAUAGAAUCUAGUUGAAGUAAAUGUUAAGAUCGUGCUUGUGGACAAAACUGCAAUAAAUGAAUAAACUUGA